AUGCACCUCGCGGGGAUCGCUGACGACGAGAUCCACCUCGUAGCGGCGGCCAUGUCUCUCGUUCCCUCGAUCGGCAUCGACGGUCCGUUUGGCAGGGAUCGCUCGCCGACGAGCGAAAAAGCCAAACUCGGUUUGUUCACCGACCCCUUCUGCGCUUUCGUCGCGCAGUGGACGUUCAAGGUGCACGAGCUGAGUCUCUUGUCGCGUCCAGAAAAGAACCCAAGCGACUGUUACGACCUGCUUGGUCUCUGCAUCAGCCUGCAGACAGCGGUGCUCUCGAGCAACUGGCUGGCGCUCGCGGCCAUAUCGACGUCGGCGCAUCACGUCAGCGACCUCUCACUCCUCAACGCCAGCCACAACGCCGAUGGUCUCCCGUUUGAUUGGACAGAAAGCUUGGGUCCGUGGCUCGAGUCGGCCCACGCCAAGCGCUUGCGCCUCUCUUCCUUUGCCGGUCUCUUUGCCAAUCAUCUGCCUUUGAACUACCUCACGCACCUCGGGCUUCUCGCUUGCCGCGACCCGAUCUUGGGCGACAUGGCGGCGCUUCUCGAACCCGCUGUGAUUGAAUCCAUUCGCUUUCAGAGCUACUGCCUCGAAGAGAUGACCGGCUUUGUCAUGACCUUGCCGCUCUUCCCGCGGCUGGCCGUGGUCGACAUCACUGGAGUUUCGCUUGGUGGCCACUCUGCAGCGCCGCUGUCAACCACGAAGACGCUCCGAGUGGUGCUGUUCCGAGCUAUUUCGUGGUCGGCGAACGCCUUGGCCACGCUCCUCGACUGGAUGGCGCGCGCAGAUGUCCUCGAGUGCUCGAAGUGGACCGGCUCUGAGAUGGUCGGCGCCAACUGUGACCUUGUUGGCCGCGCGUUGCGUUGCUGGAUUGCCACGGGUGCGCUUCGGUGUUGCAGCAUUGCUGACGACGGCCUCAAGCUGGAUCUCAGCGUCAAUAGCUUUGGCUGCGACGGUCUGCAGGUGCUUCUCGACGCGCUUGCACCGAGCUCCAACAUUGUCGUACUCACGUGA